GUGUUGGUGGCCAGAGCAGGGUGUCUGCAGAGCUGGGGAGGGAAAGGCUGCAGCUCGCCCAGGGGUGCCGAGCAGGCGCCAGUGGAUGGGGAGACCCUAUUGGGAUGCGGGCAGCAGUAGUGUUCCAGCGGCUGGGGGCGACUUGGCCUCUGCAGCUGCCCUCCGGCCCCCCUAGGCCCCUGGAUUCCUGGGGUACAAGUGAAGCAGCCUGCCCGAAGCGGCCGAGGUCCCUUUAAGCGCAGGCCCCACCCCUGCCGCCCCGCCGGGCCCGGGCAGCCGCCGCCAUCAUGAUCUGCCUGGUGCUGACCGUCUUCGCCAACCUCUUCCCCGCGGCUUACGCCGGAGUGCACGAGCGCACCUUCCUGGCCGUGAAGCCCGACGGCGUGCAGCGGCGACUGGUGGGCGAGGUCGUGCGGCGCUUCGAGCGCAAGGGCUUCAAGCUGGUGGCGCUGAAGCUGGUGCAGGCCUCCGAGGAGCUGCUGCACGAGCACUACGCCGAGCUGCGGGAGCGCCCCUUCUACGGCCGCCUGGUCAAGUACAUGGGCUCAGGGCCCGUGGUGGCCAUGGUGUGGCAGGGGCUGGACGUCGUGCGCGCUUCGCGGGCGCUCAUUGGGGCCACGGACCCCGCUGACGCCCUGCCCGGCACUAUCCGCGGGGACUUCUGCGUCGAGGUCGGCAAGCGCGCCUCUCCCGCGCAGGAACGUGAUCCACGGCAGCGACUCGGUGGAGAGCGCCCGCCGCGAGAUCGCGCUCUGGUUCCGCGCAGAGGAGCUCCUGUGCUGGGAGGACAGCGUCGGGCACUGGCUGCACGAGUAGCCUGCGCAUCUGGAAGUGACUGCGAUACCUGCAUCCUUCAGGUCCCACCCAGACUUCAGGCCUUGCAGCAUCCUUUCUGCGGCAGGGACCGUGGUAACCCUGCAGGACCUCCCUCAGGGUGGGCGGGUGCGGCCCCACAAGCCCUGGCAUGUACUGGGCCUUCCUGCCCGAGAUGCCACCACACAUAGCAGCCUCAGAAAUGCCCCCGGUAGCACCUCUAGCACUCAGCUUGGUUUAGCG